AUGGUUGAUAUUUCUGGGGGUAUUCGUUCCCGUACAAAUACUGGUGGUCUUACUGGUAGACGCCUUAGAUGGGCUAUAACUCUUGUAGCAACUAUUGGUUUCUCGUUGUUCGGUUAUGAUCAGGGUCUUAUGAGUGGUCAAAUCACUGCUCCCCAGUUCAAUAAAGAAUUCCCUGCCACUGCAGGUACUUCUAGUCAUGCGACUGUAAUCCAAGGUGCUGUCACUUCAUGUUAUGAGCUGGGAUGUUUUUUUGGUGCUAUGUUUGCCCUAUUCAAAGGUGAAAAGAUUGGUCGUCGUCCAUUAAUUCUUCUUGGUUCUUCUAUUAUUAUUCUUGGAACCGUGAUAUCAGUGACUGCUUUUGGUCCUCACUGGGGUCUUGGUCAGUUCGUUGUUGGUCGUGUUAUUACUGGUUUAGGAAACGGUAUCAAUACUUCUCAGAUUCCCAUUUGGCAGUCUGAGAUUUCUAAAGCUGAGAACCGUGGUCGUUUGGUCAAUUUGGAGGGUUCAGUCAUUGCUGUCGGUACAUUUAUUGCUUACUGGCUCGACUAUGGAUUCUCCUUCACCAACACGUCAGUUCAAUGGAGAUUCCCAGUUGCUUUCCAAAUCUUCUUUGCUGGUUUACUUUUCUUCGGAAUGUGGUCUCUUCCAGAGAGUCCUCGUUGGUUGAUUAGCCAGGGUCGACAUGAGGAAGCCAUCUCGAUCUUGGCUGCUUUGAACAACACUGAUAUCAACGACGAACAGAUUAUUGCUGAAGCCAGAGUUGUUAUGGAAGUUGUUAGUCGUAACAAAGACCAGGCAAGCAUCAGAGAGGUUUUCACAGGUGGCAAGACUCAGCACUUCAGAAGAAUGCUUAUCGGUUCUUCGACCCAAUUUUUCCAACAAUUUACUGGCUGUAACAGUUCCAUCUACUACAGUACUGUGUUGAUGAAGACAUCUAUGAAUGUCUCUGAUUCUCUUGCUCUUAUUCUAGGUGGUGUUUUUGCCACUGUGUAUGCUCUUUCCACUAUCCCUUCGUUUUUCUUGAUCGAUAGUAUCGGAAGAAGAAAGCUUUUUAUUAUUGGUGCUUUGGGCCAAGGUAUCUCGUUUACAAUUACAUUUGCUUGUCUUAUUCCAAACACUAUGGAAGCAUCCAAGGGUGCUAUCGUUGGUCUCUAUCUCUUUAUCUUUUUCUUUGCUUUCACCAUUUUGCCACUUCCAUGGGUCUAUCCUCCCGAGAUUAAUCCUACCAGAACCAGAACUGUGGCUACUGGUUUCUCAACCUGUACUAACUGGUUAUCCAACUUCGUUAUCGUCAUGAUAACUCCUAUUUUUGUUACCAAUACGCGUUGGGGAUGUUAUCUUUUCUUUGCCUUGAUUAAUUUCUUAUUUGUUCCCAUUAUUUAUUUCUUCUAUCCAGAGACUGCUGGUAGGUCUUUGGAAGAGAUGGAUAUUAUCUUUGCCAAGGGAUACGUCGAGAAGAAACCUUACUUCAGAGUCGCUCAACAACUUCCCAGUCUCACUCCAGAACAAGUCGAGAACGAAGCUAUCAGUCUCGGUUUAUACGAGGCGCCAUCAGAGAAGGGUGACGCCGACUAUGUGGACGACAUCACUAAUUCAGAGACCACGUCUAGUUAA